AUGAAGUUUCUUGUUACAGCUUCUACGUCCGCAUUAAGUUGCCUUUUUCUCCUAGUGCCUGCUGCGCUUGGAGAGAAUGUUUUUUAUUGUCAAGAUAUGGAUUAUAUGUCAGUAGAAGAAGCUGACAGUUUCGCAAGUCAAGCUGUUCCGGAUCAAAUAUAUCAGAGCGACCCUGUAUCCCGAGGUGAUGUAGUACUUGAGGCAUAUCAUUUUAGCAGGACAAAUGCGAAUAACGAACCUGGUUACUACUUAAUCCAAGUUGUUAAUGAACAUCGAGUGCUUGUACUGUGGAAAUAUCUCCAAAAAAAAUGGAGCCCAUGUCCUCUACUUAUAAACGAACCUUGA